CAACAACUACAACAACGACAUCAUCUAAUUCUUUGCCAAAAUCAUCAUCAUCAAGUUUAAAUUCUUCAGAUAAUGAGAAUGAUAUGGAAUUCCAUGUUACACCAUCAUCGUCAUCAUCGUCAUCAUCAACAACAAGUAUUAAUUCAUCAAAUGAUAGUGAACAAUUAUUAUCAGCUGAAAUUGUUACCAUUAAUAAAGCGUUGAUUGCAGCUAAAGAGGGAAAUUUAAAAUUAUUACAGUCAAUGAAAAAUGUAUUGGAAAAAUCACGUUAUAUUGAAGGAACAUUUGGUGCCAAUCUUGUACAUUAUGCAGCACGAAAUGGUGAUGUUAAUAUUCUAGAUUUUUUAAUCAUAAAAUGUGGCCUUAAUCCAUUAUUACGAUCCAAUGAUAAUAAUGGAUAUUUACCAACACAUGAAGCUGCAUUAUUGGGUAAAAUUGAAACAUUAGCAUGGCUUUUAAAGAUGACCAAUUCAUCAUUAAUGGAUCGUGAUUAUUAUGGACAUACAUAUCUUCAUUUAGCGGCAAGAAAUGGUCAUUCAUCAGUAAUCAAUUGGCUAUUAAAAGAGGCUAAAAUGUCCACAAUGGAUAUAAAUAAAAUGGGUGCAUUACCAUUACAUUAUGCAGCAGCUAAAGGAUGUUUAGAAUGUGUACGAUUAUUAAUAGAAUCACCAUGUCAGAAUCUAAGUGCAAAUGCACAAAUGGAAAACAAUGUUACACCGGUUUAUUUGGCUGCACAAGAAGGACAUCUUGAUGUUUUGAAAUAUUUAGUCCAUAUGGCCGGUAAUGGUUCAUUAUUGAUACGAGCCAAAGAUGGUAUGACACCAUUACAUGCAGCUGCACAAACGGGUGCAUUAAAUUGUCUUAAAUGGAUGAUUGAAGAACAAAAAAUUGAUCCAAAUAUUCGUGAUAAUGAUGGUGCAACAGCCAUACAUUUUGCUGCUAGUCGUGGCCAUAUUGAAAUAAUAAAAUAUCUACUCGAACAUAAUGCCUAUUUGAUUCAUGAUAAAUAUGGCAAAAGUCCAUUGAAUGAUGCUGCCGAAAAUGAACAAGUAGAAUGUUUAAAAUUAUUGAUUGAACAUCAUGCUUGUAAAUUAUAUCCAACCACAACAACAAUGAAAAUGUUACAAUCAGAUCGUAAUAAUAAAAUGACAACGAUUGCAGCUAAUUCGAUUCAUUCGGAUCAAAAUGGAUCAAACAGCAGCAGCAGCAGCAGCAGCAGCAAACUUUUGACCAAUGAUCAUCAUUGUCAUUUAUCAUCAUCAAUGUCAUGUGAAUUAUAUCCGGAUUCAAAUCAACAACUACAACAACAAUCAACAAUGGCGUCAAAACAACAACAACAACAACAACAAUUGUGUUGCCAUUCUUAUUGUGGUCGACAAAUGUUAUCAACAACCUGUCUAAAUGAUUAUGAUAAUAAUGAUGAUGAAUCUACAACUAUAGCAAAAAUAGCUACACCGACAUCAGAUUGUUGUUGUACCAAGUGUUGUAAAAUUUCGACCAAUCAUAAUAUUAUGGCAACGAAACGUAAAUCUAAAUAUAAAAUUUAUUAUCCUGAACAUAAUAAUAAUGAUGACGGUAACUGUAUCAUUGGUGGUUUGCAUCAUCAUUUGGAAUUAAAAAAUCCAUCUGUACGUUUACCGUCGUCGUCGACAAAGACUACCCAAUGUGAAUGUUUUUAUAAUGGUGGUCAAUAUGAUUAUUGUUGUUGUUGUUGCCAUUCAACGGAUAAUAAUAAUACGGAAAUGUCUCAAUAUCCAAUAUCCGCAACAUCAUCAUCAUCAUCAUCCGAUCUUUUAAUAAAUGUCCCACAUCCUCAUCAUCAUCAACAUCAUCAUCAACACCAUCAUCAUCCACAUCAUCAUCAUCAUCAUGGACAUCAUUCAUUAUUACAAUGUACAAAAUCGUCGAAGAAAAUUUUUCUUGAAAAACGGAAAUUAUGUCGAAAUAGUAAUAAACAGCAACAACAACAACAACAUCAUCAUCAUAAAAUGAAAAUCGCCGAAAUUCAUUCAAAUUCCGAUCAAAUAGAUGAUUAUACAAAUCAUGAAAUGAAUGGAAAACGAAAUCUACAGAAUUCCGGUAAUACAAGCCCUACGGAUGUUUAUAGUAGUACAAGUACCGAUGAAGGAAUCUAUCAAGAAUUGGAUGAUGAUACUGCAAGCAAUGAGGAAACGAUGAUGAUUGCAAGUGAAAGAAAAUGUAAAUAUCAAACGAUUAAACCGGAAAAGGUAACAUCUUUAUCAUCAUCAUCAUCAUCGAUUCCACCACCGCCGCCACCUCCACCACCACCAAAUUUUAUGCAAUCAUCAUCAUCAUCACCAUAUCAGCAGCAAUCAUCAUUUUCAUUGCGAAAAGCAACAAUAAAUUCGACAAACAAUACAGAUUCUGAAAAUUCUGACCAGAAUAAUUCAACAUCAUCAUCAUCAUCAAAUGUUCAUCAUCAAACACGUUAUAUUAAAAAUACGAAUGGUAAAAAAACCAUCAUGCAACAAUUAUUUAUACCGCCACAAUUUAGUUCACCACCAACAAAUAAUUCAAAUAUUAAACCAUCCGAAUAUUUGAAACGUAUUGUGGCAACAAAAUCAAUUUCAACAUCAUCAUAUGUUUCGAAUACAAAUCAUAUUCGUAAUAGUAAUAGUAAUAAUAAAUAUGAAUACAUUCAUGAUACUGGAUUUUUGCAACGAAGUGCAUCAGAAAAUCAUCUAUUGGCCAAUAUUAAUCGAAGUAAAUAUGAUUUUCUACAUCGUAUGAUGAUGAUGAUUGAUUAUGAAGCAACGAAUAAUAAGGAUGAUGAUGAUGAUGAUGAUACAUUUUCCGUUAAAAGUAAAUCAUCAAAGAAAAAUGCUGUUCCAUCUAAUCAGAUUGGUGUAAUGUCCAAGAUUGCCUUUUCUAAUGCUACAUAUUCGAUAACGAAUGAUCAAUUGAAAAACAUUAUGCUUAAAUCAACAACAAUGAAUAGUAAUAAUAAUAAUAAUAAUAGUGCUCAACGGAUUGAUGAUGAUAAUUUAGUCAAUAAUAAAAAUGAUUUGAUUCAAGAAUUAAAAGUGGCUAAAAAUCUUGAUGGUAUUAAAAAAGUGAAAGCAAAUCAUCGAAAUCUUAAUGAAGUCAAAAAUAAAAUCGCUCAAUUGGCACAAAAUUUUACGGUUGAAGAGUUUUUAAAAACAAUACCAGAAAAAGAUCCAAAAGGUAAUGAAAUCCCGCCAUGGAAACGGCAUAUGUUGGCGAAAAAAGCAGCGGAAAAAGCCAAAAAAGAGGCCGAAGAAGCAAUACGUAAAGAAUUUGAGGACAGAAAAUCUCGUUCAAUACCAGAAUGGAAAAGACAAUUGUUGAAAAAAGAAUGUAGUGUUGAUUCAUCAAUGUAUAAUCAACAAAACAAUGGCAAUUAUAUCAGAAUCAAUUCAGUAAUCCAGAUGAAUAAUCCUUAUCAUCAUCAUCAAUACAAUGGAUUAGCGAGACAACAACAACAACAACAACCACCACCAAUAAAGGAAUCAAAUUCGAAUGAUAAAUAUUCUGGACAGAAUAUUGAUAGUAAACAAUCAUCAUCAUCAUCAUCAAAUAAUAAUGAUGAUAACAUUAAUAAUAACAGCCAUCAAAAUAUUUUCAAGAUAAUAUAUAGGCUCGUUAAUGAUGUGAUGAAAACAGGUGGGUAG